AUGCUCAGAUUAUCCUCAAACUCCUCAGAUUAUCCUCAGACUACUCCUCAAACUCCUCAGACUACUCCUCAAACUCCUCAGAUUAUCAUCAAACUCCUCAAACUACUUCUCGGUCUAAUCCUCAGACUCCUCCUCAGAUUAUCACUUUACAUAUAUAUAUCGAUAACUAAAUAA